AUGUAUAGGCAGGUAUGGGUUGAUAAUGCAGAUAGAGAUUAUCAGCGCAUAUUGUGGCGCGGUGAUCCUAAUGAGCCUAUUAAGAAAUAUAGAUUGUGUACAGUAACCUACGGAACGGUACCUGCAAGUUUCUUAUCGGUUGCGUGUCUUCAUAAAUCGGCGGAUGUAAAUAAAAUACGUCCGGAGAUAGCUCAGAUAAUAAAGCAUGAUUUUUGUGUUGACGAUUGUUUAACGGGCGCCUCAACAUUAUCGGAGGCUUUAAAUUUGCGUAAUGAAUUAAUUACAUGUUUAAGUAACAAUGGAUUUGAAUUAAGCAAGUGGACAGCUAAUCAUGCCGAUUUAUUAAAAUAUAUACCAAUUCCUAAUGAAAACUCACUAUACUCGUUAAAUACUUAA